AUGAAACUUCACUCUUCUCUUCUCUUCUUUCAUGUCUUCUUCCAAUUCUAUACUCUUUCUGCUACUCUCAACUCAGAUGGCUUAGCACUUUUAUCAUUCAAAUCUCACUGGACAUCACUUCCACCUCUCAUAAACUCAACAUGGAUUCCAUCUCAUUCAACACCAUGUUCAUGGGCUGGUCUCAAAUGCAACUCUUUCCACCGUGUUAUCUCUCUCAACCUUUCCUAUCUUGAUAUUUACGGUCAACUAGGACCUGAAAUCGCAAACUGCACACAACUCCAACACUUAGACCUUAGUUACAACUAUUUCAAUGGCCAAAUACCUUACUCUUUCACUAACCUUCACAAUCUCAAAUAUCUUGAUCUUUCUGUUAAUCUUCUCAAUACUCCAUUCCCUCAUUUCUUGUCUCAAAUCCCUCACCUCAAGCUUCUUGAUCUCUCUUACAACCAACUUCACGGUUCCAUUUCAACUACUAUUGCCAACAUGACUCAUCUCCAAGAAUUGUACCUCCAGUUUAACAACUUCUCUGGUGCAAUUCCUUCAUCUAUUGGGAACUGUACUCAGUUACAAGACUUGUAUUUGAAUGAUAAUCAGUUGGAGGGUGUUCUUCCUUACAGUCUCAACAAUCUCAAUCAUCUUCUUAACUUUGAUGUUGCCAACAAUAAACUAACAGGUGCUAUUCCAUUGUGUUUUUCUGGUUGUAGAAAUUUACAGUUUUUGGAUAUGUCAUUCAAUGAUUUUGGUAGUGGCAUUCCAUAUAGCAUUGUUCUUCGCCUUUCCGAGAAUCAUUUGUCUGGUAAAAUACCUUCUGGAAUAGGUAACUGUGAGUCUUUGACUGAGUUGCAUUUUUAUUCUCAUCGACUUAAUGGAAACAUUCCAAGUGAAUUGGGGAAACUCGGCGAAUUACGCGACCUUGAACUGUUUUCUAAUCAAUUGAGUGGAGAAAUUCCGCUUGAGAUAUGGAGGAUUCGACAUCUCGAGCAUCUGUUUGUGUAUAAUAAUAGUCUUACUGGUGAACUUCCUGUGGAGAUGACAGAGCUCAAGAACCUUAAGAACAUUUCAUUGUUUAACAACAUGUUCUCUGGAGUUAUACCUCAAAGCAUGGGAAUUAACAGCAGUUUGGUGCAGUUGGAAUUUGUAAACAAUAGUUUCACUGGCAACCUGCCACCAAAUCUUUGUUUUGGAAGAAACUUGAGUGUUCUGAAUAUGGGAAUCAAUCGGCUUCGAGGAAGAAUACCUCCAGAUGUUGGAAGAUGCACAACUCUAAGAAGGGUCCUUCUUAAACAAAACAAAUUUACCAGGCCUCUUCCUGAUUUUGAAAGGAAUGCCAAUCUUUUAUACAUGGAGAUCAACAACGGGUCAAUUCCAUCUAGUUUAGGAAACUGCACGAAUCUCACGGAUUUAAUGUUGUCCGCGAACAAACUUAGCGUCCGUAUACCACCGGAGUUGGGAAGACUUGUUAAUCUUCGAACGCUGGAUUUCAGUCAUAAUAACUUAGAUGGUCCUUUACCUUUUCAGCUCUCAAACUGUACCAAAAUGGACAAGUUUGAUGUGGGAUUUAACUUCCUGAAUGGUUCAUUGCCGUCGAGUUUGCAGAAGUGGACAAGGCUAAACACACUACUUUUGAAUGAGAAUCGUUUUAGUGGCGGCAUUCCAGAGUUCUUGUUGGAUUUUAAAGAUCUUUCUGUACUACAGCUUGGCAGAAAUGUUAUGCUGCUAGUCCGAAUGUACACUAGAUCUUUGUUAUGCACUCGAGCACUUUCUCCUUCGCACUUUGGUUCUUAUAAUGCAUUUCACAUACUACUCGGAACUCCUGAGGCACAAACACGUAACCAAUGGAUCUGUAACAACUAUAGGGCUGUGCUUUACAUUGCCAUAGAUAUUCAUUUUGUCAUAGAUCAUGUUCGGAAUAACAAGAUUCGGCUUCAACAUGUUUCAAUUAAGGAUCAACUCGCAGAUUGUCUUACCAAACCCUUGUUCAAGCAGCGUCAUUAA